AUGCGUGGGCACCGAUAUCUGGAAAGGGCCCACCCUCUGGACACCCCACAUCUUCCAUGGGAGCUGCCUCCAGGACUCUCAGAAAAUAUCAACAUGACUUUCUUCAAUGGGGUGUUUAAAAAUGUGGGAGGAGUGGCCGAAAUUUUUGACUGCCUGGGCUCCCACUUCACCUGGCUGCAGGAUGUCUUCACCAACUUCCCCGCGCUGCUCCAGUUCGUGAGUGGUAUGAAGUGUGUGGCUGGUCUCUGCCCCCGGGACUUCGAAGACUACGGCUGUGCCUGCAGGUUUGAGAUGGAAGGGCUGCCUGUGGACGAGUCUGACAGCUGUUGCUUCCAGCAUCGCAGGUGUUAUGAGGAGGCUGCAGAGAUGGACUGUCUACAAGACCCCGCCAAGCUUAGCACAGAUGUCAACUGUGUCAGCAAGAGUAUCACCUGUGAGUCCGGGGACGCUUGUGAACACCUGCUGUGUACCUGUGACAAGGCUGCCAUAGAGUGCUUGGCUCAGUCCAGUAUCAACUCUUCCCUGAACCUUCUGGACACGUCCUUCUGUCUGGCUCAGCCUCCAGAGACAACCAGCAGGAAAGAGCUGCUGACACUUCUGCCCAGAGUGGUUCCCGUGGAGCCCACGGACUCCAGCCUGACGGCCCUCUCAGGAGAAGGGUCUGCAGAGAUUGUUGCCACAGCUAAAGGUGUAACCAUCGUCCCUGCCGGCAUUAAAUCUUUGGGGUUGGCUGUGUCAUCCGUCAGAAGUGGUCCUGAGGAGACAUCUGGAAAAGCCUGUGACAGGUUCACCUUCCUGCACCUGGGAAGCGGGGACAACGCUUGGGUGAUGCCACAGCUUGGAGAGAUGCUCUUUUGUCUGACAUCCCGGUGCCCGGAGGAAUUUGAAUCUUACGGCUGUUACUGCGGGCAGGAAGGACAAGGCGAGCCAAGGGACGCUCUGGACAGGUGCUGUUUGUCCCAUCACUGCUGCCUGGAGCAGAUGAGAAGGCUGGGCUGCCUGCUUGAGAGGCUUCCUCGGUCACCAGUGGUAUGCGUGGAUGGUACCCCCAAGUGUGUGGGGCAGAGCCUGUGCGAGAAGCUGCUUUGUGUCUGUGACAAGACGGCGGCUGAGUGCCUGGCCUCCACCUUCUAUAACCACAGCCUCAAGUCACCUGGCAGACAGGAGUGCCAGGGCCACCGGCCGUCCUGCGAGGAUGGCAGCAUUUCAGCUUCGUCCCUUGGCUCCAGCUCUGAGGAGAACAGCGAGGAGGCCCCGCCCCCCAGGGAGGGCCUGAGAAGAACCAGGAGAUUCCUGGGGAAGUCACUUGGUCUCCUGGGGACCAGGCCACAACGUGGCCCCAGAUAG